CGCUGUCAUGGAGUCUCACGUGGGGUCGGAGCUGGGGCGCGUUCCGGUUCCGGGGGAGGGGAUGUGAGGGCGGUGCGGGGUCGCCAUGGCGAGCAACGCCGCCAGCCUGAACGCGGUCCGGGAGACCAUGGACGUUCUGUUUGAGAUUUCAAGAAUAUUAAACACUGGCUUGGAUAUGGAAACAUUGUCUAUUUGUGUGCGGCUUUGUGAACAAGGGAUCAAUCCAGAAGCAUUGUCAUCUGUUAUUAAAGAACUACGCAAGGCUACAGAAGCUCUAAAGGCUGCUGAAAAUAUGACAGGCUAAUAUGGGCAAAGAUUUCUGCAUGAGAAGAAUGCCAAGAUAAACUUAACAGGAGCUCUGAAGAUUGCCACUAUUCAGACAAAAAUGAAAUAAGUGUGCAUGCAAAGGUUUCAGAAUAUUUCUGUAAUAUUAUUCAAAAGAAUGGUGCAUAUAAUAGCUUUGAAAAAUUUUUUAAUAAGUUCACCAGUAAUAUCAUUACAUGGUAUUUUUGUGAACUGUUUGUGAAUAUAGUGCAAUUGCUCUUCCUUGGCAUCCAGUACUUUUAAAAUCAUGCCAGAUACUGUACGUCUGUUGAAUUUAGUAGCACGUACCAAUGUAUAUUGUUAUAAUGAAUGCAGCUUUGUUAAUGCAUCCUUUGGAAGUGCUAGUAUAUCCUGGGUUUUAUCUCUUGCUUUGAUGAAAAACUACGUGUACAAUUUUAGCCUUGCUUUAUGGACCAUAGAGGAAUGAAGCCUAGACUGACUUUAUUUUAAUUAGAGCAAGGCCAGUCAUUUAAGUAUCAAUUUGAAAAUAAGAAGUAAAGCAUUUUUGAUAAUAUAGGUAAUGAAUUGUCUUUUUGAUUUUGUUUCAAAUUGCUGGGAAAAGUGUUUCACUUAGGUAACAAAGGUACUUCAGUUAUCCAUGCAGAAAUGUAUGUAAAUUUAAAUUCUAGAUGACGUGGGAUGUUUUAUGGAGAUUAAAUGCUACAUUUGUUACAUUUGUUCCAACUACUAGAUCUAAAAAUAUUAAGUCUGUAUGUUAUUUCUUAGUCAAAGCAUAAAUGAGAAGCAUCAGAUUUGGUUCAUGGGUAUCAAUGAGACUUAAACAGUCAGUUGGUAUAGAAUUGUCUUCUCGUUUAGAACUAGGAAUCUUCACUGGUGCCAGAAGAAGUCUUAAUUUCCAGUAAAUAUCCUUUCAUCUAGAAAUUCUACUUUGUAAGAAAGUGGUUUCUUGUGUAUUCUUCACCUGCAGCUUUUAACUCCAGUUAACUCUAUUAACUCCAGUGUUAAUAGAGUGAAGCACAUUUGGAAAUGAACCUGGAAUCCUUGUUAAACCAAAAGUUAUAUUUGUGCAGAGAUUAAAAAGUUCUUUCUACUCUGAAAGUUUACAGCAUAUGCACUCUAGGUCAUAGCUCUACAAAAAGCAAUCAAGGAGGCUAAAUACUUCAAAUUGCUGCUAGGGAGAAUAGAAAAAUAUUUAUAUUACACUGAAUCACUUACUUUUAUUUCCAGUUAGAGUGUCCAAAAAAUCAUUGCAAGAGGAUGCUAUAAAAGCUUCUGGAUAACCAAGCUGAGGAACUUAUAAAUAGUGUCAUUUUGCACACUCACAGCACCAAUUUACAAAGGGUUUUAAGUGUUCAUGACUUGAAUAUUGGGUGCAUUUUUUUUUUUUUUAAACAGUAAGAUAUCCUUAGUAUAAAAAUAUAUCAACAAUGAAGUUCAUCUUAGGAAAUCUGAAAAGUCAGUAAAACAUCAUGAAGACACCAGGUCAGAUCAGCACAAAUUAGCAAUUAGCUCUUUACUUAAUUUUCUCUAAACUCAGGGCUACAUGUCAAAAAAGAGAAAAGACAUGUGGAGCAUUCUUGUUGUUCUCAGGAGGCACAUCUAAACCUGUGAGAUUACCCUGUGUAACUUAAACCCUGAAAGUUUUCAGUAAACUAUAUCAAAUGUGCCCAAAAUAA